AUGGACAUCAACACAGUAGUCGCUGCAGCUGUCGGUGCUGCUGCACAAGCUGUCGUUGCUUCUUUGGACGGCCGCCUCACCCCUGCUCCAAAGAUAGACAAAUUCACUGUCAAGUCGUCCGCUUGGAACACAGUGAAGACCGAUCACACCUACGCUGGUUGGUACAAAACGCAUCUGCGCUGUGGGCCUUCUGUGUUUUUCAUCAUUGCACAGAAGGUGGAAGACAAAUGGGAUGAUGUUCACGGUCCUCUGCAUCACCACACAAUGUUCUGCGUGGUCGAUCGGGUUGCAGUAGCACUGCACUACCUGUCGCACUCGGAUAGGUACAGCACCACUGCGGCUCUCUUUGGCAUCUCUUUGACGUGUGCGAGGCAGUACUGUGUCCAAGUGUGCCAAGUUAUCCGUCAGCGCUAUCUGAGUGCCGUUUUUUGCCUACCGACUCGCCGCCCUGAUUGGGAGAAAGUACGGUUGGGGUUUGAGUCCGUGAUGGGCUUCCCCAAUGCGUAUGGGGCUAUCGAUGGGUCCCUUGUGCCUAUCAAACGUUUCACAGACCACACGGGGUGGUAUUGUCGAAAAGGGUUCCCCGCGUUCAACAUACAAGCCGUUGUGGACGACAAGUUGAAGUUCAUGACGUAUUCUAUCCCGUCAGGAAGCCAGAAUGACAAGGCUCUGUUUCGUGACUCGUGGUUUGUCAAGUCCUCCCAUCAACUCCUCCCUUUGGCGGCUGCACCCUCGGUGACGCUGGAUACAAGCUGUACAACCAUGUGAUGAUGCCGUAUCCAAUUCGUUGGGGUAUGCCUCAAGACGAGGUCCAUUACAACCACGUCCACAGUUGUUCACGAAUGGUGGUCGAAAGGGCAUUCGGAGUAUGGAAAAACACAUUUCGAUUGUUUCAGGUGACUCUUUUGCAUGGAACUCCGGAAGAAAUGAUCCUCCUCAUCGAAGCAACCCUCGUUCUGCACAAUUGGAUGAUUGAUGAAAAAGAAGCUGCCUUGGAGGCCAUUACAAUUCCUUCUCCUAGUGAAUACGAGGACUGGAUGCACA